AUGUCUUUCCAUUCAGACUCCGAGCCGGACCUCGACAGUUUCUUCGACUACGGCUCAUAUGCAGCAGAUUCCAACUCUCCUUCCGACGUCAAUGAUUCUCAGUUCGACUACAUAUUCGAGGAUGACACCUUGGACGAUCCAGUUCCGGCUGUUGACCAGACGCGCAAUCCUCGAGUGCUUUCUCCGACUCUCAAGAGUGCUAUCGAUUCCAACUCUCCUUCCGACGUCAAUAAUUCUCUCCACGACGACCGUUUCGCUAACCCCUUGGACGUCCCGGUUACAGCUGCUGAGCAGAUGCGCAAUCCUCAAUUGCUUUCUCCAACUCCCAAGCGCGUCACCAAAGUCGACUGGAUCAAGGAUGUCUUGCCCCCAGCUGCCCAGCCCACUGAAGUCGCGCCGACUACAGGUCCUAAGCUGGCCACCGAAGCCUCAGAAGUAGUUCCUCCGACUCUAUACCACGCCACAGAACUCGACUUCAUGACCCAGCUUCUCUCCGCAACCAAUCCGCCCACUGAAGGCGCUCCGACUACAUCCCCUGAGCUGGCCGUCCAAGCCUCAACCCCAGAGGUGCUUCCUUCGACUGCAGACCGCACUACCGGGCUCGACCUCUUGAACCACUCUUUCUCUUUAGCGGGCGCUGAAAUAUGGGGCCAAGAUGUCCACUAUCCGGAUCUAGAUCCGGACAUCGCUGCCCAAUGCGCCGAGAUUGAUGAGUUCCUUGCCUUGGAUCCUGUCCUGUACCCUCAAGGCGUGUUCAAUAUCUCCCCUACGCAAACCGGUCAACUCGCAACUCAAGAAUUCCUCUCUACGACUCCUUCUCAGGGCGACUACAGCUGGAAUCCUUUUUACGGCCACAACAUUUCUCAGUCUACUGAAGUCGAACUGAGUACCUCCUUUGGGCCAGCCGCUCGUACCUCAACUCCAGGGCUAUCAGUUCAGACUUCCCAGACUGCUUCUUCAAAUGCGAGUCCGACCACCGAGGCCUCCCCAGGUCCCUACAUCACUACUACUCAGACUGCGACUCCCUCCGUCCAAGCCACCCCGGGUCCUGUCAACCCUGCCCCCCUUCCAACCGUGUUUCCAGUCCAGAACCCGAACUUCGCUCCCUUCUCUGGACGAUUCGCCAACGGCGCUGCAGCCGCAGCUUACCGCGCCAUGUCUCGAGUCGGACCUUAUCAACCCGACACCAAGUUCCCUGGGGUCAAGGCCAAUGCACAAUUCUGGGUGCGGCAACUCCACGUAGCCAUGCUUAACACCGUCAACAUCGAAGACGGCCCCAACUCGCAAGGCUACCGCCGCUUCGUCAGGAACCCCGCUGGCAGAGCCAACGCGCCCUACGACGAUGAUGACCUCGAAGCGCAGUGCUGGGAGCUCUUCGAGACGGUCUGCGCCCUCUACGAAACCGGCCUGAACCUUCCCCGUCGCUACAACCGUAUCAGCUCUAAGCACACUCAGCCUGCAACCUGCUUGCAGCGUCUCUCCUUGAUCUGCAAGACGCUGUCGAAGUGGAAGUGCGCCUGUGUCAAUGUCAUGGAGGGCGGUUGGGUAUUGCAGAAGUUUGUGCUCAGUCCGCAGGACUUUGAGGAGGUCAAGGCGAGCAACAAGCGAUCUAACAGCGACCGCAAGGAGCAGAUCAAGCUGGGUCAGGAGGCGCAGAAGGCGAAGAGGCAGAAGACCGAGUAGGGAGGAUUUGAAUUUGAGUUAGUGGAUAGGUUGUGAUGAAGCUACGGAUAUGUUACGGACUCUUUCCUUUUUGUCUCUUUGCUCUUUUUCCUUGUCUUUCUUUCCUUGAUAUUCUCUGGUUGGCUGGUUGGAUCUGGGCGGUUGGAAUCAGCACAUUGAUUCUGCAUAUUGAUCCUGCAUUGGUAUACUCGAGCAACCUCGAGUUGAUCUUUUCUCUCUCUCUCUGCGAUGCAUGUAUAUAUAUUAUCUUCCAAGGCCAAUCUGUAGCCUGCUUGCCCUAGGCUUGCGAAUUGAAUGCAAUCUUGAAAC